AUGAGUUUGUUCUUACAUUCACUGUCUCAAAGUCAAUUCACCCCAUCUGCUUUGUCUCAAAGAAUGGCAAAUGUGAAUGACUUUGGAGCCAAACCAAACGAUGAUGGAGAUGAUACCCAGGCAUUUCAGAAGGCAUGGAAUGCGGCAUGUUCUACAGGGAGUGUUCUUUUGGUCCCGGAAAACAGUUUCUACUAUCUAAAGCCAAUAACAUUUUUAGGCCCAUGUAAACUAAAUACUGCCUUUACGAUCCAUGGAACAAUCAUUGCAUGGCCUGAUAUGUCAGCAUACGAAAACACAGGAAAAAGUGGCCUCACAUAUUGGAUUAUGUUUGAUAGUAUCACGAAUCUCAGAGUUUAUGGAGGCGGCCUCAUCGAUGGGAAUGGCAAGAAAUGGUGGAUGAACUCUUGCAAAAUAAACAAAAACCUUCCAUGCAAAGAUGCGCCAACUGCUGUGACUUUCGUUGAAUGCAACUCCUUGAGAGGCAACCUGAAGUCAAAAAAUGCACAACAAAUGCAUUUUCGUAUCCAGAGAUGCAAGAAUGUUAGGGUUAGGGAUAUGGUGAUUACAGCAACAGAGGACAGCCCUAACACUGAUGGUAUUCAUGUCACGGAGACUCAGGAUAUCAUCAUAAGCGACUGUAAUAUUAUGACAGGUGAUGACUGUAUUUCCAUAGUAAGUGGGUCCCAACAAGUUCGAGCUAUAAAUAUUACUUGCGGACCAGGACAUGGAAUCAGCAUUGGAAGCUUAGGGGCUGAUAAUUCAGAAGCUGAAGUCUUUGAUGUGCUAGUGAACAGUUCCACCUUAAUAGGAACUGACAAUGGAGUGAGGAUAAAGACUUGGCAG